GAGAAAAAAAAUAUUAUAUUCAAUACUAAUACUACUAACUUUUGGAGAUCAUUUCAAAGCAGAAUAAAAAAUGAAUUUAAAGAAAAAUUAGAUAGUAUUAGCAAAAAAAUAAUCAAAUUAGUGUCUAAAAAACAUAACAUCUCUGUUAAAAAUGAGGCUAAUUUUAAUUUACUUUUUGCAACUAUUCCUGAAAAUUUAAAUGGUCUAAAAA